AUGUGUGCUGAUGCAGGGACGUACACAAUCGAAGCUCGAAACGAGUUCGGAUCAGCUCACGUUUUUACCACCGUUCGGGUUAGGGAAAGGGUAUGUCCCUGGGACCUUCGCGGCACUGAAGAACUUCUGGACGAACUGGAAAGGAAGCGAACAAGGAAACCACUCAGACAUGUUCCUGGCCGACUCCCAGAAGCACCCCGUGUGACAGAAGUGGGAAAGUCAUGGGUUUCAUUGUCCUGGUUGAAACCCGAUCGAAACGGAGGUGCUCCUGUCACUGCCUACAAAGUAGAAGCCUGCGCAGCCGAUGUGGAAGACAAGACGUGGAAGGAAGUUGGACUGUCGCCAGUAAGCCAGUAUGAAGCAUUCAAUCUGGAGCCGGAUCGGGAUUACCUGUUCCGGAUAACAGCUAGAAAUAAAUACGGCUGGGGAGAACCUGUGACGACGGUAUCCCCCGUACGACUUGGACAUCGGUCUCGUCUGCCGGAAUUCGUUCGCAUAUUGCCUGGCCAUCUCCGGCUCCUUAAAGGGUGGACCUUGAAACUACAGUGUCAGGUGAAAGGGAACCCGCCUCCUGUGGUGGCUUGGUUCCGGGAUGGGAUGCCAUUGUCAAAACACGAUGGUGACAGAUUUCAUUUUGAACAUGAUGAUGGCAUCUACAGUCUUAUGGUCCGGGACGUCCAGGUCUCGGAUCAUGGGAAAUACAUGUGUCAAGCACAGAAUGACGGAGGCCGGGUAACGACUCAUUCCGUGGUGUCCGUCGUGCAGGACCCCACUCUCCUCGACCAUGUCAACGUUCGAGAUCCGAUCUAUUCCAGGAUUUUGAGAACGGUCGACGAAGAGGCAUCAGCACCCAAGUUCUCUCUUCGCCUUCGAGAUAGGAGGGUUCAAGUGUCUCACCCCGUUCGUCUCACCUGUCAAGUACACUCCAAUCCAGAAUCUUUAGUCCAAUGGCUUCGAGAUGGACAGCUCCUCCGAGAAUCAGAGCAUAUAGUUUGCACCCGAGAGGGAAAUUUCGCCACCCUGGAGAUUCCAGUGGCAACAUACAACGAUGUCGGUGUAUAUACAGCACGUGCGUGCAACAAGCACGGUGCGACGGCGUGUCACGCUCGGCUCACAGUGGACUCCGGACUUCACGAACACAAGUGUCCUCGGUUUUCAUCGGCUUUCACGGAUGCGAAUCUGCCUGAAGGUGGCACCCUGGUCUUGGAAGCCACCAUUGAUGCUUAUCCGGCUGCCGGCGUGUGCUGGUGUAAGGAUGGGAAGCGGCUGCGAUGUUCGAGAAGGCAUCGGAUGAGGCUAGAGAAAGAUGGUUUUCUCUCUCUUUCCAUCACACCUCUACUCCCUCAAGAUGCUGGGGUUUACACCGCCACUGUUUCCAACUGCAUGGGUCGAACUUCCCAAUGCUUUCGACUGACGGUCACGUCUCCGGAGAUGGAUAGCUCGUCUGAUUAUCUCCCUCUCAAUGGGGAGGCAAAAGCUCCGGAGUUCUUGGUGAAACCGCGGUCUUCGGAAGUCUUCGAAGGAGACACUGUCGUCAUUCACUGCGAAGUGAUUGGGAACCCGAAGCCGGUCGUCUUUUGGCACCGUGAUUUCCUCAAUCCCGAUUACUACUUGAAUGCUGAGCAUUUCAUUCGUGUGGGUACGGGACCGACCUACCACUUGAAGGUUCCCUGCACUACUUUCGACGAUACCGGGACGUAUUCUGUGAUUGCCAGGAAUCCACUAGGAGAGGCCAGAGCUGUCAUUUCCCUCCAAGUCUAUGCCAGAGGUCAGGGGAAGGAGGGAGAGGCUGACGCUCCGAAAGUUAAGAUGAGUGAGGUAGAGAAGGCUCCGCAAGUGUUGGAGCCUUUGCGUGACCUCUAUUGCGGAGACGGUGACGAAGCUUCUUUCGAGUGCCGCGUUACGGGUGACCCUCCUCCGACUAUAGUCUGGACCAAAGAUGGAAAGCAAGGAGGUAAAUCACUCCCUCUCCGCGUGGGUGAGAUGACUGAAACCAUCAGGUUGAAAGCAUUUGCUUGUGCUGCAUCCGUGCCUCCUCCAUUUACCCAGAUCAUCAAGAACUGUCAUGGGUUCCGGUAUGAAGUGGAUGACGAAGUGGUUCGGCUUCGCAUUCGAGAGAUCUAUCCGGAAGAUGCCGGCCUCUUUGAAUGCCAGGCUUUAAAUAAUCUGGGCAAGGUCUCCACACAAGCUCGUCUCCAUGUGAACAGUAGUACAGGAGAUGAAGGACGUGUAUCCGGCAAGAGAAAAAUCAUGCCCCCUAAAUUCUAUUCAGUGCCCCAUAACAAGAUAGUGGAGGAGGGUGAUUCGGCCACAUUCUAUUGCUCAGUGGCAGGCUACCCGGUCCCGACAGUGACUUGGGACAAGGAUAACGUCUCCAUCAAGGAGGGUGAUCCCAAAUAUCACAUGAAGACCCGGAAGGACCUGCGAGUAUUGGAAGUGUGUCACGUGUGCCGGGAUGAUGCUGGCCUCUACAGAGUUACUAUCUCGAACAACUUCGGGCGAUGUCAAGCCUCUGCCCGUCUAGACGUCAUAUGUGAGUCCACCUCCCGUAAAAGCCUCGACCUUCCACCAGGGAAAUAUAUACUCGCACUGGGCCUCGGAUUGCGUUGCGAUUGCAGAAUUUGGGAGCAUCUCGAUAUUCCGUACCACCGCAAUUCUCUCGCCGGCACAGUAACGCCAGCAUCUGGAGUGGAGGAACGGCAUACUUCUCCUGUGAUAUCCGCGGUUCCUCUGUUCCAAGAACUAACUGGUACAGACCUCCAGUUCUCGAAUGCCUGUUCCAUGAAUGUAUGCAUGCAGCAGGCCUUGGAUCUUGGCAUCCCCAGCCAAGAUCAGAUGAAUGUUAUGAGAAAGCGUUUGCAUGGAGAGUGUUUAAUGGGAGAGUGGCGCAGCCAAAACGGAGUCCCCCUGGAGGAUUCGGAGAACAUCGUGACGAGUUUCGACGGCUUGACGGCGAGACUCACCCUCAGAGGAGUGAGCGAUGAGGAUGCGGGAGCAAUCACGUGCAAGGCCUUCAGUGCUGACGGGGAAGCAGAAUGCUCUGCCAGCCUCACCGUCGUAGAUCUACCCCGGAGAGGCGGGAUUGAUAAGAAACUCUCAGUCCCGAAGACGGUGGAAUCUUUGGACAAGAUGGCCAGUAAUGGUCCGAUUUCUCUGACGGGUGCUCCUCCUGAGUUUAUGCAGCGCCUUGUCGACCUUCUCGUACCCAACGGUGCGCCUGUUCUUCUCACGGUCCACGAUCAUCGAAAAGAAAUGGAAAUGAUAGAGUUUAUUCACCAAUUUGAUCAAUUAGGCACACCGCCUGUGGAAGUGAUAUGGGUGAAAAACGACGAGGAGAUAGUGCCAUGUGGAGACUUACAGUACCUCAGCGACGGGAAGGGGAAGUUCAGCCUCUUCAUACCUGAUCCCGUUCCAGAGGACUCAGGGAUUUAUUUCUGCGAGGCCUACAACGCUUUCGGAGAAGCGGAAACUUUCUGCAAUCUCACUGUAGCCAAUGGUAUGCAGUUGCAGUCUUCGAUAUGGAAGGGAAACCUCUAUCUUCGUUCGCAGGAAGAGAGACAUGCCGUGAAUUUUUCUUUUUGUGCAGAGCGGAAGUUGGAGAGAGGGGAAAUGCCAAUGAUUUUAGAUUUUCCGGAAUCACUGGUCGUGGCUGAAGGAGGAAACAUAUUGAUUGAGAUACAAGCUAAGGGUGUGCCUCGACCCACUGUGCAUUGGCUCCUCAAUGGACAGCUCAUUACUCCUUCUUCCAAAAACCAGAUCCAGCGCGACGGAUGCAUUCACAGGCUGUAUGUGAAUGAAGCAAGCUGCAUGGAUGCGGGGGAAAUACACUUGAUUGCCCAAAAUCGACACGGGACCGUGAGUCACUCGUGUAAACUGGUGUUGUUGAACAAGAAGAAUGCCAGGCAGCCCCCGCUCGAGCCAGAUCAGGCCUGGACAAACGUUGAGGACGUGAAUGUGAUGUCAUUGAACAAUGAGAGCCGACAGGAAAUCGAAACUGGGGGGAACCUGCCGGCCUCUAUUGCGUCGGGCCCCCAAAGCGUCACUGUACUUCGGGGUGAAGGUGUCACCUUGCAGGCUCACGUUGUUGGUGAUCCUCCACCUCUCGUUACCUGGUUCAAGGGGGGACGGGAAAUCGUAUCGAACGGACGUGUUGACAUCGAUACGUUCAACGAAGUGAGCACGUUGAGCAUUCAGCACGUGACAUCAGAUGAUAGCGGAAAAUAUCUUGUGAUGGUCGAUAACGGGAUUGGCUCUGAUUGUCGUCAUGCCUCGGUUGCUGUCGAAGGAGCACCAGAUCCACCAGCUGGGAGAGCUACAGGCGCAGUCAGUGGAGAAGACUCUAUCACUCUGGCUUGGUAUGGUUCUGCAUACGACGGUGGCAGUAUCAUCACCGGAUACAUCGUCGAAAUGAAAGAUGUCCAAGAUCCAGGUCAAACAUGGGUCGUCGCUUGUCACAAAUGCAACUCAACAUCGUACGUCGUGAAGGGACUGAUGCCAGGCGGGGAGUACGUGUUCAGGAUCCGAGCUCUAAAUGUUCAUGGAGUGAGUGCGCCAAGCGCAGAAUCCCAACCGCUGAAGCUGGAUUGGAGAAAGGCUCAGCGGAAAAUCAGCGAGGACAUGGAAGCUGAAAUUGCCCAGCCCUUUGAGCACCGGAUUAUACAAUUGGAGCCUGGGGAGGAAUUUGCGGAAAGGUACGAGGUUGAAGAAGAGGUUGGUCGUGGUCGCUUUGGGACUGUCUACAAAGUUACGGAAAAAACCACAAGGAAGAAGUUCGCCGCCAAGUUUAUAAAGUGCUUGAAGCUAAGAGAUAAGAGCAAAGUCCACGAAGAGAUCGAUAUUAUGAAUAUGUUGGAGCACCCGAAACUGCUCAUGCUCGCAGCUGCAUUCGAGAAACCACGGGAAAUCGUCAUGGUCAUGGAAUACAUCGGCGGGGGAGAACUGUUCGAAAGGGUCGUAGCAGAUGACUUCACGUUGACCGAGAGGGACUGCGUCCGGUUCAUGAAACAGAUCUGCGAUUCCGUUGGCUACAUGCACAAAUGCUCUAUCGUCCACCUGGAUUUGAAGCCGGAGAACAUCCUCUGUCAAUCCCGGACAUCUCAUCAUAUCAAAAUCAUCGAUUUCGGCCUGGCGAAACGCCUCUGCCCAGACGAAACGGUUAGGGUCAUGUUUGGCACUCCUGAGUUCAUCGCACCUGAAGUGAUAAGUUAUGAACCCAUCACCCUCGCCUGUGACAUGUGGUCCGUCGGCGUCAUCUGCUACGUCCUCCUGUCGGGGCUUUCCCCAUUCAUGGGAGACAACGAUGCCGAGACGUUUGCCAAUAUCACCAGGGCUGUAGUGGAUUUCGAGGAUGAGGCAUUUACAUACAUUUCCCAAGACGCUAAGGACUUCAUCACUUCUCUUCUAGUCAAGCGACCAGACAAACGAUUGACGGCAACAGAGUGCCUGCAGCAUCAGUGGCUUGCCCAAUGCGAGAAUAAGUUGAAGUCGGUGAAACUCUCCACGGACAAACUGAAAAAAUUCAUCAUCAGGCGCAAGUGGCAGAAAACGGGGAAAGCAAUCUUAGCUCUGGGGAGAAUGGCUCACUUGAGGCGGGCAUCGGAGAGCCGGCGUGGGAGUAGUACUUCCCCAUUGUCCAGUGUGGUAGAAGAGUCGUCGUCAGGACGAAGCACGCCCGUUCAAGAGAGACCCGAUACCCCGACUGAGGAUCUUCCCUCUCGCAAGAGUUUCCAGAGAUCCCAGCCGAUUUGUAUCACUGACACCUCCCUUUAUAACCCAGUGCUACAUUCUCCUGUAGAUUUAGAGGAAACUGGUGUUUGCUCCAAAACCCGCUCGCCGUCCAUAUACAGUGAACGUAGUGAUAGCGGCUUCAGUGAAUGUUCCUUACCUUCCUUGAAGAGCCGGACGUCCAUUCGUAGGGAGACAUCUAUCUUGGAAACGGACGAAGAUGUGCCGGAUGAUCCAUCCCGCAAGGAUUCUUUAGACAGUGAAAGACAGUUUUCUCUGGAACCUCCAGACAAAGCUGAGCCUUUCAUCCCUAAUGGACCCUUCCCUGGCCCUGGCAAUGACUAUGACACUGUUGCAGGUUCUCGAGGUCACCAGCUUGAUGUCCAGCGACAGAAAAUCAGCAUGAGCAAGGUGGCACCCAGUAUCUACUCAUCGCUGAAACAUUCCUCAUAACACCUAUGUCAUGAUCAUACGCUUACCCAGGAAUACAUCUGCAGUAGAGAGUGAAAGAACUGCUAUCCUACUGGAAUCAAGUUUCGAUGUCACCUCAGCGCCUUAAUUUCUUCCAAAUCCAAUGAACUCUCGUGUUUACGCUUAUAGCAUCUUUGCUGUGUGUAGCAUCCAGUGAUAAAAAUGUCAAAGCCAUUCAGAAUAUCAGAACUUGGUGUCGCUUUCACAUGUGGAAGUCAUAAAAAUGAUAUCUCAUCAUUUAUGUGGUAUGUUCUAUAUCAUCAAGUCAUUACCAAUAAAGCAAG